UUUAUUCAAAGAGAUUUGUUUUUGCUUUGGAUUGGGAAUUAUGUAAAACCAAUAUUUCUUACAAACCAUUGAUAUAUUGGACUAAAUGAUGUUACGUUGUGCAUUUUCUGCAUUUCGAGCACUCCCCCUACGUCUCACUUACCCGAAUGCUGGUAAAAUCGUUCGUCAAGAUGUAAGGAAUUUUUCAGCUUUUAAUAUACAGAACCAUUUUAUUCCAACUGUCCCAGCAAUCAAGGAAGGUUUAGUCGACAACAAAACGAUAUUAGAUUUAUCUUGUAAUUUAAAUCAAGUGCAAGUUAGAACUGUGACUAAAUUUAGUCUUAAUAAAGGUAAAAGAAAAACUGUGAAAGCAGCAGUCAAAAGAUUCUUUAGACUCCAUUGGGGCGGUUGGAUUAGAACAAAAAUUGGUAGACACAAAAAAUUAUGGAAAAAAUCACAGCCACAGAAAAGAAGAUUAAGACAGCAUGUCUUCUGUAAUUCCACACAAAGUACUUUACUUGACAAAAUGGUGACUAAGUUUUGGAAGAGACCUAAAUAUUAUGUUGAUGAUCCUUAUGCACCUUACCACACAAGAGAAGAAUUUUUUAUAACUAGAAAGAAGCCUAGAUGCUAAUGUUUGAGUAAUAAGG